ACAUAUCAACGGGGUCAUUUCCAUUUACAAGAUGUAUUAUAUAUGUAUGAAUGCAUUCUUUUUAUUAUACGCUUAUAUUACGGGUACGAAAUACGCUGAUACAAGGACAUGUGGGUGCGCAAAUUGACCGACUGGACUCUCGCUUUGGGUACUAUCAUUGGAAUGUAGAAGGAUCAAGUCGAUCAUGUAACUUCCUUUUUAGCAACCUUUGUUUCGAUAAACGUAUGGAACUCAUCAAUCUAAUCACCAACGACAACAGCAGCAACGACAGCAACUUUAGCGACUCCAACAUCCAAGCAAAGCGCGAAUGUCUCUCAUUCGAAAGACUACUCCAAUUUUUGAAGGCCAAAGGGAACAAGUGCGAAAUCAGCGGAAUGCAAGGUAACUGGAAGCCAAAGAAGGGCAACCUUCUUCGAUUGUCGAUCGACAGAAUAGAUAGUGAGGUUGGAUACUUCGAAGACAAUAUACAGCUAAGGCUCUUGCAUCUCAACCUCGGUAAAAGUAACUCCAGUCAAGAGGAGUUUUUGGAUCAGUAUAACAGCCUCAAGAACAACAAAUCUAAAGUACUUCAACGAAUGCAACAUCUUCAAGAUGAACAUGUCCGAAUGCGACCACUAGUUGUGCGUGAUAUUCCAUACGAUGAUGACGACGGCAUUGACGAUGAAGAUGAUGAUGACCAUGACGAUCACGAUGGUGAUGAUUGUUGUAUCCAAGGUUUAUGA